AGCCAUAGAGACUCACCGACCUCCGGGAGUCCUAGAGAGGAAGCGGAAGGGGCUCUUUCCACACGCACCUGUCUGACAGCGUCCGCGGCCCACUUCCGGUCCGCUGAGGGGUCGGGGUAGGCCGGCGCUGCUGAGGGGCCGCAGGCUGAGCCACAUGGUCACAUCCAAGCCACUGGCAAGUCUAUUGGUUUUACCUCCAAAAUAUGUCUUGACUCUGUCUGCUUUGCCACCAUCCCAAGUCUCUCCUGCUUGGACCAUUACCCUCAGUCUUCUGGGAGGGGUGUGAAGAUGCUUAAGGAGCGUCCAGGGAUGGCAGAAGACCCUCAGCAGCAGAUGGGUGUUCCUGUGGUAAAGCUGGAGAAAGAGUUGCCAUGGGGCAGGGGAAAGGAGGACCCUAGUCCGGAGACUUUUCGUCUGAGGUUUCGGCAGUUCCGCUACCAGGAGGCAGCUGGUCCCCAGGAAGCCCUCAGGGAACUCCAGGAACUCUGUCGCCAGUGGCUGAGGCCUGAGCUGCACACCAAGGAGCAGAUCAUGGAGCUGCUGGUUCUGGAGCAGUUCCUGACCAUUCUGCCGCGGGAGUUCUAUGCCUGGGUUCGGGAGCACGGCCUGGAGAGUGGCAAGGCUCUUGUGGCCAUGGUGGAGGACUUCACAGAGAGAACAUUGGAGGCCAAGGCGGUUCCAUGCCACGUGCAGGGGGAGCAGCAGGAGACAGCACUUGGCAGAGGCCCUUGGGAACCAGGUGUCCACCUGGGGCCGGUGGAGAUCAAGCCCGAGUGGGGGAUGCCCCAUGGGGAAGGAGUUCAAGGCCUAGACCAAGGCACUGAGGAGCAACUCAGUCAGGACCCUGGAGCUGGGACACAAGCCUUCCAGGAGCAGGCUCUGCCAGUUCUUCAGGUUGGUCCAGGCCUGCCUCCAGUGAACACCAGAGACCAAGAGAUGGCAGCUGGGUUCCUUACAGCUGGAUCCCAGGGGUUGGGGCCAUUUAAAGAUAUGGCCCUGGCCUUCCCCGAGGAAGAGUGGAGGCAUGUGACCCCAGCCCAGAUAGACUGCUUUGGGGAAUAUGUGGAACCCCGGGACUGUGGGGUCUCAGCUCCAGGCAUUGGGAGCAAGGAAAAGGAGGCUAAAACCCAGCAGGCAGACCUCAAAGGGGCACUUGCUCGGGUGACAUCAGAGAGGUUUGGGGAAGCCACGCUUCAGAGCCCUGAGCUUGGAAGAACCUGUGAGCAGGAGCCCAGUAGUUCUGUGGGAAACAUGCCAGGGCCACCUCCUCCUCAGCAUGGCAUCAUACCCCUUCCGGAUGACCUCAAGACCCACAGCUCCUUCUGGAAGCCUUUUCAGUGCCCCGAGUGUGGAAAAGGCUUCAGUCGGAGCUCAAAUCUUGUCAGACACCAGCGAACUCAUGAAGAGGAGAAAUCCUAUGGGUGCGUCGAAUGUGGGAAGGGGUUCACCUUGAGAGAGUACCUCAUGAAGCACCAGAGAACACACCUGGGAAAGAGACCCUAUGUGUGCAGUGAGUGCUGGAAAACCUUCAGCCAGAGGCACCACCUUGAGGUCCACCAGAGGAGUCACACAGGGGAGAAGCCCUACAAGUGUGGUGACUGCUGGAAAAGCUUCAGCCGGAGGCAGCAUCUGCAGGUGCAUCGGAGAACUCACACGGGGGAAAAGCCCUACACCUGUGAGUGCGGCAAGAGCUUCAGCAGGAACGCAAACCUGGCUGUGCACCGGCGAGCCCACACAGGCGAGAAGCCGUAUGGGUGCCAGGUGUGUGGGAAGCGGUUCAGUAAAGGGGAGCGGCUGGUCAGACACCAGAGGAUCCACACUGGGGAGAAGCCCUACCACUGUCCUGCCUGCGGGAGGAGCUUCAACCAGAGGUCCAUCCUCAAUCGGCACCAGAAAACUCAGCAUCGCCAGGAAACCCUGGCUCAGUAAGAGUGCCAUGCUGAAAUGCACCUUUUUUGCGGAUGGAAGGUCCUGGAAGGUGCAGGACCUUUCAGGACCACAAUUGGAGGGAGACCUCAUUGGAGGAUGCAUUCGUGUUUGGUCACUGAAGGGCUUUGAGGUGGGGGUUGAAGAGUGAUGGACUGCAGAAAGGCGCUUUGACCAAUUUUCUUUCCAUUUGUUGUCAAACAGAACCAGGGAAAGGCCUUCAUUGAUUUUGAGUUUCCAGAGAGUACAACUCCUCAUGUCUCUUAUCCAGGUGGCGUGAACAGUUUCUUACUGUCUUUUGGAGAAAGGAUAUCCUGAAUUUCAGAGCCUCCUUUGGUGGGAUGUUUAUAUCCGCUUCUUGAGCAAGUCUGGUAGUAAAGGCAACAUUUUGUCCCAUGUUGGCAGCUUAAACCUCAUUUUUAUGAGGGCUGUAUCUACCUGCAAGAUCAUCUGCCUUCUUUCUUUUCCUCUUAACAAAUAUUUAUUGAACAGCUACUAUGUGCCUGGUGCUGGGAACACUGGUGAACAAGACGCAUGAGACCUGAGCCUCCCGGAGCUUGUGAUUUAGCAAUGGAAACACAGAGAACCAUUAAUAACUCCAGGCAUUCUAAGUUAUGUUUGUGCUAAGUGCUGUGUGAGAGGAUAGUCUCUGGUGCUCACUCGUUCUGCCCUGCUUCUCAGGUGCUGGAUCUUUCCCUCCCCAGUUGUGAUCUCUCAGGCAGCUUUGUUUAUUUUACUUUAUUUGUAGCCCCCUUUGUCUCUGUACCAUUGUACCCUCAUCUGUAAAGUUUCCCCAUUAUUCUUUGUACUGUAACAACUGUUCACCCAUCCAUUAGGAAAUUAAUAUUUUGUUAUUGAUCACUAAAUAAAGUAUUUUAUUUUAUUA